AUGAAAAUUUAUAGCAAGAAAAUCUUGAUCAAUUUGAGCUUGGUUACUAAAUCUUAAGUACAAAAAAGUAAAAAUUAAAAGUUUGAAUCCAACGAAGAUUUUUAUUAAGAGCUGAAGGAUUCAUCUAAUUCAGAAGUCCUCUAAAGUGGACCCUUGCAAGAACAAAGCACCAGAUCUGAAACAUUGAAAAUGCAUACUGACGAUGGUUAAGGUUUCCUUAAACUCUUUAAAGAAGGAGAUUCAAAUUACAAACUAAAAUUGAGAUCUGUAACUAAAUUCUGA